AUGAGUGGUUGUGGAUUUGCACGUCGUGGUAGUAUGGGCACCGCCCCUUUGUCAUUGGACAGCAUAGACAAAGAGCAGCAGGAAUGGGGAGCUCAAGCGAGCGCGCCUUCACGCCACGUCGCAGCCAAGCAUCCGUUCUGGCGGCUAGGCCAGAACAUACAACUGAAGACCAUGCUCCUCGUGUCUUCCCUUGCUGCUGCGUUUGUGCUACUCCGGUGUUAUCAUCAGCUCACUGCGGUAAACAUCUCGGGAAAAGGGUCUCUUAGGUCGCUUGCAAGGCUGAUACAGGUAACGAAGGAUUGCUCGUCUGUUGCUGUUAUGCUCCCGUCGCCGUUUCUUAUGAAGCUAGGCGAUCUUUUCCUGGGGCUUUGCAUCCAAGAAGUGGCUGCUCUGUCGACGCUGCUAGAAGACCAGUUCGACAGACAAAAGGCGGACGUUCUUCAGACAGCUAUGGAUGCAGCACAUGAGUUGAUGCGUGUUUCCCAACAACGCGACAAUAAUGCGCAGCUACUGCAUGCAAGUCGCCUCCUGAAGUUUGCUAGGCGUCUGUUGAAUCCUGAAGUUAAAGAUUCACCGCUCGCGAAAUCAGUGCGUUUACGGAUGCUAACCGAGCUUCUCGCGCUUCAGGAAGCGGCGCUGGGACUGAUAGAGACUGCUGUUUCAUCAGCGCUGAAGUCCCUUCACUCAAAAAGGCAUGCAACCGCGGAACUCAUAAAUGAACUGUUCGAGGAACUGAGACGCGUCAUCUAUACCCGGCGAAGGCAUGUGUUCAAAAGUAAGCAUUUGAGCCGCCAUCUCCGGCGCUAUGAGCGAGGCUACAAUCGAGCAGUCAUGAUGGGUAUUCGGGAUAUCCAGAGGUUAGAUGAAGAACCGGAUACAACCUUCGAAGCGAAGCUUGCAGAACUACGGGACACUAAAGCUUGGAUCAAAAUGCCAUUGGAGAAGACUCGAAGGCUUUUGUUAGAGGCUGCUCAUCAGAAAGAGGGACAUCCAGCAAAACAACAAGAGCUGCAAUUAAUUGCCGAGGCGGCCAAUGAGAUGCUAGAGUCCAUACGAUCAGAAGCGCAACGUACGGACAUGCAGGGCAUGGCCGUGCCCCAUUCAUGGUCUAGCGUUGGUGGGGCUUCCCUGUUCACUCCGUCUUCGCUAACGAGAGGGCGGACAAAUCAGGCUUCAGGUAUUUACAACUGGUCAGGGACGGAUGGCAGGCGUGGAGCCGUCAGUUUAGGGGGACAAGGAAUUGCGCAUCGCGAAGAGAUGAUGCAGGGCCCGUUGGGACCGCUUUCGGCAGUGCCCAGCCUUCAAGAGUUGCUCGAGCAGGCACAGAUCGAAGAAGCGCUUGGAGGGUCACCCUGGUUUGGCAUUGACUCUGAUAGGGGCUGA